AUGGGCAAGAUCAUCUUCUACGAGGACCGGAACUUUGGCGGCCGCCACUAUGAGUGCAUGAGUGACUGCGCUGACCUCAGCUCGUACUUCAGCCGCUGCAACUCCAUCCGCGUGGAGAGCGGCUGCUUCAUGAUCUACGAGCGCCCCAACUACUCGGGCCACCAGUACUUCCUGAGCCGCGGGGAGUACCCCGACUACCAGCGCAUGAUGGGCAUGGGCAUGACGGGAGACAUGAUCAGGUCCUGCCGCAUGAUCCCCAGUUACCGGGGAUCCUACCGGAUGAGGAUCUACGAGAGGGAGAACUUCGGAGGUCAGAUGCACGAGCUGAUGGACGACUGCGAGUCAUUCCAGGACCGUUACCGCAUGUCCGACUGCCAGUCCUGCCACGUGAUGGACGGCCACUGGCUCAUGUACGAGCAGCCCCACUUCAGAGGCAGGAUGAUGUACAUGAGGCCUGGGGAGUACAGGAGCUUCAGAGAUAUGGGCUACAGCAACACGAGAUUCAUGUCCAUGAAGCGCAUCGUGGAUUCCUGUUAA